AUGUCAUCAGAUGUGAAUUAUGAACAUGAUUGGAUUCAUAUUCUCUAUAUGGGUAUAACUGCAGUAUUCUUUUCCAUUCAAAUUUGUCAGCGGGUUUCUAUUGAUAUAUUGUAUUCAUCAAAAGAUCUCAAAAUUCUUCCAAACAUUCCCUCUCUUAACCGAUAUCCAACUGAGUUAACACCACCUGCAACGAGUAUCUCAUACAUUUGGUAUCUUGUCUUCGUUUGGCAGCAUGGCUAA